AUGAGCGCUUCAAAUGAUGGCUAUGGUCGACUAAGCCAAAAUGAGCAAGAUAUUUUAGAUCCGGAGAAUUCAGAUAACCGAAAUACUGUUAUUAGUCAAGGUUUUGGUGAUAUUGAGUUACCAGUCGAUCCUCCGAUAUAUAACGAAUUAUCGGAAAUCGUUGAAGAGAGGCCCCCGUUCGAACAGAUGGGGUUUCAGGAACUAGAAGAGGUAACGCAUAGAAAGAGUUUUAGGCAGUAUUGGGAAGGUUUUCAACAAAAUGUAAUUAUACCGUUUAAAAGGAAGUUUUGGGGCCCUUUAAACCAACUAUAUAUGAUGAGUUCGGAAAAGCUGGAUUACUAUUUAAAUAAGGUUGGAAAUCCAUUGAUUUUAAGACGAUAUGUUUACAUCCUGUUUAUGUCGUUUAUUGUAUAUUAUGUUAGUAUGAGCAAGAUGAUGCCCAAUAACGUUGAGUCCGGGACCCAUGGGAUGUUCUCAGAUACGCCUAAGUUGAUUGAAUAUGCAGGGCGUUGUAUUAAUUAUGCGAAAAUGGAACAAGAUUUGGAAUAUUUGAGUAGCAUGCCCCACAUUGCUGGUACGAAGGGCGAUUUUGCUAUGAUGGACUAUGUGAAGGAAUCGUUUACGAAUAAUGGCUUGCGUUCAACGAGAGUUUAUCAUUUUCCAGCAGUUAUUAAUUAUGCGGGCGAGGCAGCUGUUUCUGUUUAUGGUGAUGGUGUGGAUAAAGUAGUACUUGACUUGUCUGAGGAGAACUUUAAUCCUAUGGCAACUGCUGGGAAAGUUGAAGCCGCUCAGCUUAUAUACGGUCAUUAUGGAACAGAAGAUGACUUGAAACGCUUAGAAGAUGCCCAUUUACUAAACGAGAAUACUGUUCUUUUACUUCACUAUGACUCAUUUGUGGCAAAUCAGGUAUUACUAUGCCAAGAACGUGGUAUAAAGGGCAUAUUAUUCAUCUCAAAGUCACUGGAUGGUAAAGAGGACGUUAUUCAAAGGUUUCCAGUAGGGAUACCUCACUACGGAUUUGGGAAUCCUUCUUCAGCAGGAUACUCUGCGAAGUUUCUAGGAGGAGCACAACCAGAUCAAUCGCUUCUAAUUCCAAAGAUUCCCACGAUUCCAAUCUCCGCUAAGCAGGGAUCCCAGUUGAAGGGUAUGUUAUCGAAAUCAGAUAGAGCUGUAGAUUUCAAGAAUGGCUGGCAUAGCGGUGGCUCUAAUAAAAUAAAGAUAGAUAUGUCAUUGGACCCUAUUCAGCGUGAAGAUCAGCCGUCUUGGAACGUCGUUAGUAAGAUUGACGGGAAAGAGCAAUCCGACAAAUCAAUCAUUAUAGCUGCUGCGCGGGACUCUACACAUUAUGGUGCAAGUUAUCCAAACUUUGGCCAGAUGCUAUUAUUGGAGCUAGUGGAAUUGUUCCAGCAGGUGAAGUAUAAAUAUGACUGGAAGCCAUUAAGAAACAUAUAUUUCAUUUCCUUCGAUGCUUCUAUGUACAAUUCUGCUGGUGCAACUUCUCUUCUUAAAAACAAUCUAGCCCACUUACAGGAAGAAGCCUAUGCUUUCUUAGAUAUAACCCAGUUAAGUGUAGACCCCAAAGGUAGUAAAAAUAUUGAAGUCCAAUGUACUCCUUUGCUCCAUGAGUUUUUCACCAAAAAAAGUGAGAACUUUGGAUUCCAACUCGAUGUGACAGACGUAAAGCAGUACGGGCAGUGGGUUCCAUACAUGACAAAUGGUAUUCCCGUGAUUGUAUUUUCUUCGCCUCAUAUUUCAAAGAUGGAGGCUCCAGCCUUAACCAGCGAGGACACCUUCUCACACCUCACUAAUCAGACCUUUAACGUAAAUAAUGGCUGGGCCACUACCGGAGAAAUGCUGCUCUUUUUAUUCCAAGCAUCACUUAAGUUGGUAGAUAAUCCAUUGAUUCAAUUUAACAUCCUAGACUAUGUACGGGACUUAAAUGUCAAACUACAAGAUUUGGCCGCAAUGUCUAAGAAUCGACUAAACCUACAGCCUAUUUAUGAUGCACUAGUACUAUGGCAGAAGAUAGGUGAAGACUGGCGCUCUUGGGCGUACACCUGGAACAACAUUUUUAUGAAUCAAGAAGGUGGCAGAGAACCAUCGAUGUUGGCCAUGAAUAGGUGGGCAUGGAACAGGAAGUUGACCGGCCUAUACCGAGCGCAGGUUAAAUUAUCGGGCUUACCUGGACGGGCCUUCUUUAAAAAUCUUGUUAGUGGGCCUGCUUUGCGUCUUUCAAACACAUAUGAUUCCUGGUCAUUCCCGGGGGUUCGAGACGCGGUACAGCGAGAAGAUUGGGAAACGGCCCAGCAACAAGUUAUAUACGUCGGUAACAUAUUAAAGCUAGCGGCAGCUAAAUUCAUUGAAGAUGUAGUCGAUUUCUAG